AGAAAAUCAAGGUAGAGCUGUAAUUAGAAAGCCCCUCACUGUUCGAAUGAGAAAACAAUGCUAACUUUAUUUAAUUGGAUUAUUGUUUUAAUAGUCAUUCUUAUUUAUGGUUUGGGCGAAUACAUAUCACUAGUAAAUGGGUUUAAUAUCGAUUUAAAAUCUCCACUCCUCAAAACUGGGCCAGAUGGUUCUAGUUUUGGUUUUUCCUUAUUAGGAUAUACUCACUUUUCAGGACAGAAAGGGGUGGUCAUAGGAUCUCCAACAGAGGGAAACAACGGUGGACUGUUUUGGUGUCCACUUUUGAGGAGCACGUGUAGUCGAAUCGAUAUUGAUCUAGAAAAAGAGACUCAUAUGCAACCUGGACUAAAUGGAGCACUUUUAGGAUAUUCAAUGUCUUCAGCUUUUAACAACAGCCGGGGACCGAUUACUGUUUGUGCACCUCGUCUUUCAUGGUCAUCAGCAGCAUCUGUUUAUUUACCUGGUGGUUGCUUUGAAUUUAAUGAACGUUUAGAAGAGCCUCAAUUAAAUCCUGCACCAAGUGCAAUUUGUUUAAAUGUUAAAGAUUCUGAUAAAUCAAUUGAUCUGAGAUAUUGUACAUUUGGUGCAUCAGUUAAUCAACAUCCUAAUAGGCCAAAACAAUUAUUUAUGGGUGGUCCACAUUAUUAUUUUGAGAAAGGCGUUGGGGCUUCAGUGAAUACAAACACCUUUGAGCGAGUAAUAACCUCAGUUGAAGAUAUUCCUUCAAAUACACUUCUUGGUUCAUCUCUUGACACUACCGAUCGAUUGUAUGCACCAUUACCGGGAUUAAAAUCACAUGAAUUGUAUGUGGCUUAUGGUGGUCCAGGUGUACCAAGUAGUGCUGUAAAUGGUUUCACUGAUAAAACGAAAUUUGGCACUGGAAUCGUAUUAAUAUUUCAAAGUAAUAAACAAAAUGGUAGAAAUAAUAUCAAACCAUUAAUGAGAAUAGAAGGACAAAGUUUUGGCAGUCGAUUUGGUCAUUCACUUAUAUUUCUCGAUAUUAAUGGAGAUGGUUGGGAUGAUCUAAUUGUCGGUGCACCUUAUCAAUAUUCCAAUACGACUGUCGGUGGACACAGAAGACACGGAGCAGUGUUUAUAUUUUUAAAUAGACAGUCAUAUUUCUAUACACCAGUGGAUGAAGUCAGUGACGUGGAGUUGUUUAGUUACAAUUAUCCUGAAACUUUUCAAAUAAUUACACCUCCAUCUCAUAAUUGUGGUAAUUCACAUAUUCCUGGAUUUGGAGCGACAAUUACAAAACUUGGUGAUAUUAAUCACGAUGGUUUUCAAGACUUUGCUGUCGGUGCUCCUUAUGAAGACAACGGUGGUGCAGUCUACAUAUAUCAUGGAAGUAAAUCUGGAAAACUUCAAAAACCAACACAAAUAAUCUGUGCAAAUGAUUUGCAAAGUCCAAGACCAUUAGAAGGAUUCGGAUUUUCACUUGGAUUGAAUGGUGCCGACUUAGAUGAAAAUGGUUAUCCGGAUAUGGCAAUUGGAGCAGCUUUGUCUAGCUCUGUUGCAGUGUUACGAGCUAGACCUGUAGUCAAGCUAAGAGCAUAUUUAACAUUAAUGGAUGGUAGUACUACUCUGCCUAGUUCAUUAAAUUCAUUAGUGGAUUGUACUCAUGAAGCUCAAUCAAUUACUGGAUAUAAAGCUCCGUCGGCUAAAUGUAUUGAUAUGAAAUUAAUUCUCACAUACACCAGUGUUGAUGGUAUAUCUUGUAGUCCACAUAAAACGUAUCCAGUAUCAAUUUUAUUAAAAUACAAUCCAACCAAUGAAUGGAUUUCAGAAGGUUGGGAUCAAACUUCACAAAAUCAUUCACCAAAUUACGAAAGUAAAUGCACCUAUAAUCAAUAUUCAACUAUAAUUUCCAAAAAUAUUAUGAAAGAAUUUUAUAAAAAUUACACUUUAUCACCAAUUGUCUUUAUACGAGAGAAAAGUUUAUCAAAUAGUGAAAUGAUUGUUAAAGAUUAUUUUAAACGUAAUGAAUCUGCUUAUCUGACGGGUUAUGAUAGUCCUGGCGGAUAUUUACAAUUAGAAGGUAAUGCUUUUUGUCGUGAUCUACACAAAAUAAAAGAGAAUAUACCAUUCAAUCAAGAUGAAUUGAAUUUAGCUAGUACAUUAAGAAUAAUAUUUCGAGAUACAUAUUUGAUUGAUCAAACUGAUCGUUUGAAAAUUGGUGUCAAAUGGAUUGCUAAAAUGACUGAACCAUAUCCAUUAGCUGAUCAAAUUGACGAGUAUCCUGUAGCUGAUCCACGUGCAAAUACUGAACUACUUCAGAUAUCUUUUGAUAAUCCCUGUGCAAUUCGACAAUGUUGCCCAACUGUAAGAGUUAGUUAUAAUGUGAAAGUAACCAGAGAUAAAAAUGGACCUGUUGUUUAUGUGGGUGAUGAUAAUAAUCAAACAAUUGAAUUAUCCGUUCGUGUAACAAAUAUUGGCAAUGAUUUAGUUUAUGCUACUGGAUUAGUCAGUAAUUUUCUACCAAAUUUAUUGGAACUUGAUUCAACUCUUAAAGAAGCCAGUUUAAUUCAACCGGAUACAGCAAUCUGUCAUCUUCAAUAUCCAUUGGCUUCUGGUGAAUCAAGUGAAUGUAUGAUACGAUGGCUUGUAAUCGGACAUCAGUUAACUGUACAAAUGGCUAAAUUUCAUGUAAAUAGUACUGUAUUAAUAAGUUCUAAUAAUCCCAUACAAGUUGAAGGACAAUUAACUAAUGAAUUACAAGUAAAUAUUAAAAUGAUUGUCAAUGUUUCAGUAUUUGGAACAACUGAACCGAAUACAAUUUACUUUAGUGGAAAUGUUAGUGACGGGAUUAGUUCAAUGUCAGCAGAAAAUCAAAUUGGUGAUGUUAGAAUUGUUGGAAAAUUUACUGUACGAAAUUUACGUAAACAUAGUUUAAUACCAGCAUCACGUCUGAUCAUCGAUUGGCCUUUCGAAUUCGCUGGGCUCAUCAAUGAACCACAUGGAAAAUAUCUUCUCUACUUGCUUGAAAAUCCUUAUGUAAUUCAACAUGCGCUUCCAAUUCCUGGUCAAACAGUAGACAAUGAAACUAGUGUUGUUUGUGAUUCUAAGGCAUUACAGAAAGUUGUUAAUCCACAUAAUUUCCGAAUAUUUUCUAGAUUAAGAAAAUCAAAUGAUGGUGUACCAGUACGAACUGCGUCAAUUAAUAUCCCUUCAAACAACCCUUCUCCGUAUCCCCCACUAUCAGACAAAAUGAUCUUGGAACCAGUUCCUGAUCGUUUAGCAGAUUCAAAGAAAUUAGUUGAUCGAAAAAUGACUACAAUUAGUUGUUAUAAUGGACGUAUACGAUGUGUACCAAUUAUUUGUGAUUUAGGCAAGUUAUCCUAUAAAGCUGGACCAAUUACACUUGAAUUUAUCGCUAGACUCUGGGAAAAUACAAUGCGAGAAGACUUUUUAAAAGUAUUUUUAACUAAACUACAUCUGACUGCAACAUGGAAAGCUGAUGUUAAAUAUGGCAUUGACCUUGGCGGUUCGGAUUAUGCACAAGAUACAGUAAGUCAAUGGAAUUAUACACAGAUUUUAUCCGUGUUUCCACUUGAUUUUAUUUUUCAAUUAAUUAUGCAUUAUUUUAGCUUUAAGUAAUUUAAUAAUAAUAGUGAUGAUGAAUUUUGUCCUAAAUAAAUAACAAUUGUUAACAUCCUUAAACCUAUUAUAACUGAAUAAUAUAUUUAAAUUAUAACUAAAUAAAAAAUGAAAUACUGUGAUAUAUUCUACUUGUGUCUGUCGACAUAAGUAGUAUGUAACACCGACUAGAUGUGUUAUGCCUGUCAAAAGAAGGUUGAGAAGAGUGAACUGAAGAAAACAGAAGAAGAAAUGGAAAGGGAUUAAGAAUUGAAAGAAUCAUCAAGGAUGUAAAGGACAAUAGAUGAAAGAUUUGUAAAUAAAGUAUUUGAUGUCUGGUUGUCAUAUUUUACCAAAGAACUAUGCAAUUUUUUGGCCAAGAAAUUUAUCCAUCUAUUAUUGAGUUGUCAUUACAUUAAAAUAUCAGUCAAAUAACGAGUAUGAUAGUAUUUUGAGCCUGUUGCACUCAGAAUACGCAAAUAGUUGAAAUUUAAUUUAUCUUUAUAAGUUGAAACCGACGAAGGAAUUCCAAUGAUAGAUUUCAUAAAGAUUCUACCCAAACCAACUGUUAUGUAUACUUUAUUGUUUAAAUUCGAUAGAUUUCAAAAUUAAUGUAACAACAGCUUGCAGUAAUCAGCAGUUAAACAGAUGAGAUUUCAGAUUAAUUUCGAUAAAAUGAUACUUCAAUGAUUGCAACAAAUACUAAGUGUAUUGUAUUUUACACGUCAAAAAGAAAAGUUAAAAUAAGUGUCAGAAUUAUUAAUCUUCACAUUGGACAGUUUUAUAAGUGAAAUUCUUCUUAGUAUUUAUUUUGAGUAUCACAAGAAAUUAUUCUGUUAGAAACAAUAUUCCCAAGGUAUUCAAAUUACAACCCUACUUUAUUUUACUGUUUAUCUGAUAAACUCUAAAGUAUACUCGAAAUUUGGACAGAGUAAUCAUAAUAAAUAUACUCACUUCAUUCAAUACCAGAUGUCUGAUUACAGUAAAGGAUUCUUAUCAUGAAAUAUAUCAUAUUACAAAAAAAAUUACUUUUCUUUAUGUACUGGACUUGUGAAUAUUCAAGAAAAUAUCUAUAGAAAAGUUUCAGAACAGUGAUAAACUACUAUUCAUAUUCACCCGUAACUUUUUUUACAAUCUACAUUGCUGCUAUGACAUCUCUUUUCAUCUUUGGAAUAUAUUUGAUGUCUGAAUUCUAUAGUAUUUGCCUUUUGUGUUUCUCCGGAUUACAAAAGAGGAGGGAAAUAUGUAAACUAUCACGAUGGAUCUUCUUAAGUUUCUCAAAAAUUAAAUUCGCAAGAGGUUGUAAACAUUCUAUGAAAGUGUGUAAAUAUAUGUCAUUGGUAAAAACGAUUGGUCAAGUAAAUUGAAAACAGUAACAUAUAUGGCAGUAACUGCCUGUGUAGUAAAAUAGUUGACCCAUGAAAUUGAUGAGACUACUACAUUAGAUUAUCAUUGAUUUGUAUAUCAUAUUGAACUUCUGAUGAUAAUGUGUUAGUGAAAACUUACCUGACUGUUUGAUAAUCGGUCAACAUCAAUGAAAAGGUUUAACACAAAAUAAACCAUGAAUAAUACAAGGAUUUAUAAACCGACUGAUUCAUUUUUUAUUUAUUUAAACACAAAAAUAUUAAUAAAAAAAGGGAACCAAAAUAAAUAUGCGCUACAAAAUAAGAGAGGGUGAGUGUAAAGAGAUAGGGGAAGGAGGGCGAGAAUAAUUUAAAAACAAACUAAAUAAAUGAAAAGAAACAAGUGAACAAAGGUAGUAUACCAUUAGUAAGGCAGUUCAAUCAAGAACUAUAUUACCAGAAAGAAUUUUUUUCAAUUAAAGUUCCUCUCAUCUUUGUAAAGUAAAAGAAAAUUACAGGAAGACUUUUACUGGCUUUUAUUCUAUCAAUAUCGGAUCAUGUCUCAGGUUACUGUGUCGGGCUAUUUGUAGAACCUCAACUACAGUCAUGAAGGGCCAACAGAUGCCAGUCCUGUACAACUUUCCUUCAUACCACGGUACCAUGUCAUACAUUGACCAUCUCUCCGUUUUUCUCAAGCAUUUCUAGCGUCGUAAAACAAUGCAUGAUGUAGAAUUCACGGGACCGACAAAAUGACUCGUUUUUCUAAUUGAGAUUAUUUAUCGGACAACUUUAUGGAAACGUAACAUUGAAAAUAUGAAAUUAUUAUUAUUGUUUUAUCUAAAUGACACCACAGUAGCUAGAAAUACAUCCAUGUUUGAAAACUAGGAAGCAACGUGAAUACAUGUAAAUAAAUUAUGAUAAAUACAAAUGUAUUGGAAAAAUAGUGUAUAACUUGCAAUGACUUUUAAACAGCAUUGUAAGGCAGUGAUGACAUUUUUAAAAUGAAUUUCAAAAAACCUACUUAUUUGAUCGAACUACACAUGUUUACGAUAAUAUUAAUUUAUUCAAACAUUAUCGGUACCUCAAUUGUUCUCUUCAAUUGCCUAUAUAUAUUUGAAUAAUGAUUAUUAUCUUUAAUUCUGAGCUACUAAUCGUAAUUACUUUAAUUUGUAUUCAACUAAUCUAAACUAUUUUCAACUGUUUCAAGUUAAUAUAAACUGGUUUUAAAUGACUAUUAAUGAAGUCCAUUAAUGUUGUUGUAUUUCAUAGAAUAGAUUGUACAAAUGUUAAAUAAUUAUAUUCAGCUAAAUAUUUUUUUUCUAGAAAUCGACUAAUAUGAGGAUAUUUUUCAUCACGAUUUAACAUUAUUUGCACAAUUCGUAUAGACUGGGAAGCACUGAAUAAAUAUUCGUUUUCUAAUUUAGAAAUGAAAUGUUACAAAAUUAUAUACUCCAUCGGCGAUCAAACUUUCAGACUAGGCUAUCAAGUUUAUUAACAAAUUAGUCACUAUUUCGAUCAAUUGUAUUUGGCAAAUGAACAGAUCCUUAUUAUCAAUAGCUGGGUUCUGAUUGGGUAGCUGAAUGAUAAUGUUUACCAUAAAACUUAAUGGUCCUUGAUUUGACCUUAUAUCAAGUGAAGGGUUUUGAACCAGAACAAAUUAAAUAUUCAGUUCACUUACAUACCUAGGAUUUAAAAAUGUUAACCUAUCCAAUGGUUAAACAAAAUAAUAUACUUGGUAAAACUUAAACUAACCAAAUACUUAUAUAAAAUAAGAAAAUCGAUAGCUCAAAAGAUUUUUAAAGUUCCUUUUGUUCCCAAUGCCGUAAACACCGAUAAAAUUUUAAGAUGAGUAAUAUAUUCUGUCUUCUAAAGUAAUCACAACUUUAUGAAAUAGAAUUUCACCAUAUAACUGAUACAAAUUCCUUUCAUCAUUAAAUUAAUAUGUAUUUGCGUUUUAAUAAAAUUAUGUUCUAAUCUAAAUAAUAAAUGGAGUACCAUCAUUUAAAGUUAUUGUAAGAUUAAAAAUGCCUUCUUACAUAGAAUGAAUAAAAUAUUCACUUGAAUAUCACGGUGAAGAUAAACUGGUACUCAUGUACAAAUCUCCAGUAAUUAACAAACAGUUCAUAUUUAAUGAUUGAUAUCAGACCUUGAAUCUCUUUUGUAGACUAUUUCUCUUAGAUUGUGGCCAAAUAUUGAAUAAUAAUAAUAAUAAUAAUAAU